CAGUUCUCAAAAUUUCUAACCUUUCUUUAUUGCAGGAGUCAAAGUUCAAAGAAACUGGAGUAAUCACACCUGAAGAAUUUGUCGCAGCUGGAGAUCACUUAGUUCACCACUGUCCUACUUGGCAAUGGGCUUCAGGAGAAGAACUAAAAGUCAAGGCUUAUCUGCCAACAGACAAACAGUUUUUGGUAACUAAAAAUGUGCCGUGUUACAAAAGGUGUAAGCAGAUGGAGUACUCGGAUGAGCAGGAAGCAAUUAUAGAAGAAGAUGAUGGUGAUGGUGGAUGGGUAGACACUUUUCACAAUGCAGGUAUAGUGGGUGCAACAGAAGCAGUUAAGGAGAUCACACUAGACAGUAAGGAAAAUAUAAAAAUACCAGAUCGUUCAGCAUCUUGUGAAGAUGAUGAUGAGGAAGAUGAAGGAGAAGCUGCAGACAUGGAAGAGUAUGAAGAGAGUGGGCUAUUGGAGACAGACGAUGCAACGCUUGACACAAGACAGAUUGUAGAAACUAACAAGGCCAAAGUUGAUGUUGGAGGGGAAGAUGCUAUUCUACAGACUAGAACUUACGACCUGUACAUCACUUACGACAAAUACUACCAAACUCCAAGACUCUGGUUAUUUGGAUAUGAUGAGCAGCGGCAGCCUUUAACAGUAGAGCAUAUGUAUGAAGAUAUUAGUCAAGAUCAUGUCAAGAAAACGGUAACCAUUGAAAACCAUCCACAUCUUCCUCCGCCUCCCAUGUGCUCAGUUCAUCCAUGCAGGCAUGCAGAAGUCAUGAAGAAAAUAAUUGAGACUGUUGCAGAAGGUGGAGGAGAACUCGGAGUUCACAUGUACCUUCUUAUUUUCUUGAAAUUUGUACAGGCGGUCAUUCCAACAAUAGAAUAUGACUACACAAGGCACUUUACGAUGUAACUAAAAUAAGAAAUAUCUCCUCUAAUUAUCAAAUCCUUUUUUAAAUAACCCAUCCAUGUGACUUAUACAACAUUAUACAUAAUUUCUGUAACUAACCUUUUAUCAAGUUGAUGCAUUAAAAUAAAAUGUUCCAUUACCA